GACUCGCUCAUCUGCCAGUGGGUGGGUUGUGGGGAAAGAUGCUCAACUGCGGAACAACUCUAUGAUCACGUGUGUGAACGGCAUGUUGGUCGCAAGUCCACCAACAACCUGAAUCUGACGUGCCAAUGGGGUACCUGCAAGACGACUACCGUCAAGCGAGACCAUAUCACGUCUCACAUUAGGGUUCACGUACCCCUUAAGCCUCACAAAUGUGACUUCUGUGGCAAGGCCUUCAAGCGGCCGCAGGACUUGAAAAAGCAUGUGAAGACUCAUGCUGAUGAUUCCGUGCUCCAUAAUUCUCCUCCUGCCUCGAACCGUGGAGGGCAUGGCCAGCCUGGAGGAUACGGCUCCAACUCCAAGCACUUUACUGACUUGCGAGCGAUCGCUACUACAGCGAAUGGCUACCAUGGAGACUAUGCCGCAGCUGGUGGCUACCCUUACUCUGGUGGACCGGCGUCUGCGUAUCAUGCUGCGUCUCAAGGCUAUCCUGCCGGGGCUGUGUACUAUCCAGUUCAUCCGCAGUCAAACCAGAUGGAGAGCGACUACCACGUCAGGAAGAAGGCCACGUUUGACGCCCUCAAGGAGUUCUUUGGGGACGUUCAGAACCGCAAGAUCGACCCAUCUACCUACUAUGAUGUCGGCCAGCGUCUAAUGAACGCCGGAGUCGCGCUUCCGCUGAUGCAGAGCUUCCAUGGCGGCGCCGGCGGCGAUUAUCAUGGCGGCGGUGUUGCGACCGCUGCAUAUGCCCAACCUCCUCAUAUGCUCCCGUUGCCCGGACUCCGGAAGACCGAUCUGUCGGAUAUUGAUCGUUUCCUCGAACAACUUCAGAACACCGUGUAUUCCGACAAUCCCAGCCAUGCUGCUGCUGCCGGCGUCGCUCAACCCGGGGCCCACUACGUUCACACUGGUGUUGGCUACCGCAGUAGCAAUUCGCCUCCGAACCUAGCUGCUGGAGCUGCGGCGGCGGCUGCGGCGGCCACUCAUGGCUCCACUCUCGCUCCGCUCGCCUCCAGCGUAUCCACGGAGACUCCGGCGCUUACCCCCGCGUCCAGUGUCAUGUCGUAUGCCUCGACUCAAUCCCCUGUCGCUCGCACCAGUGCCGGCCCGCAUGGCUACCCGCCCCUCCCCCCUGUCACGGGUAUGUCGGAGAUGGGUGGUUCAUACACGUCCUCCGCGCCGUCCUCGUCUCUGGCUACCUCCUUCGACCCUGAUGGUCGCCGACGCUUCUCCGGAGGAAUCCUGCAGAAAGCUGCCACCCCUUUCCACGAUGUCAAGAUGGACAGUGAUGAUGCGCCCACCCCUCGUGGCUCGUCCAAGACCGCCUCUGUCUCCAGUGACCUCCCUCGCGACGUUAACCGCCUUCGCCUCGUUUCCCCGUCGCUCACCAACAACAUCGACCCCUCGCUCAGCAGCCCUGCCGAACGAUCCGACGGGUCCGACGAUACCGAGCAUCGCUGGGUCGACAACGUCCGCUACAUCGAAGAGCUCCGAAAGAUCAUCAAGUACAAGCUCGAGCACGAGGAGUACGAGGCGGGGGGCAUCGCUUCUCUGAACGACGAGCACUCCGUCAGCGAAUAUCCCUAUCAUAUUCCCAAGCUGGACGAAUCCAAGGAAGACGAGCAGGAUGCGGAGAACCUCUACCCCAUCCUCCGCGCGGUCCGCGAC